GCGCCACUGUUUGUACAAGCGAAUGUUGUGGAGACGGCGAGGUGGUCGUGCCCAACACCCUCAACAUUCCCGUUGAACAUCCUUAGUCCUCAGUGGCCACUCCGACUGUCAUUGGCCCCGCUCGCUGUCGCGAACGACGAGGACAAAGCAAAAAGCACGCGCCCCCGCCGAACGGUCACGUGCGAAAUACGCGAGCGUAUUGUUUGCGCGUAUUGUGGUGGGUGUUGAACAAAACCGGCCUGCGCUGCAGACCGUGACGCUCUCCACCUGCGUCCUCCACCUCCUUCCUCUUAUUCUACACUUCAACUGUAUUUUUUAUUCCAAAGGUAGAGCUGAACUAGUCUUCUCAUGUCUUCACAAGUCCCGGUUCGACGAACGACCCGGGUGACCCGUACCACGGCGGUCCUCAAGGACAAGGAGAAUGCUGUUAGAUCUACUAGAUUACGCGUGAAACCCCCUUCAUCUUCACAUGUAGCCCCCGCCGAGGUGAAACCGACAGGAAUCGCUCGGGCCACGGGCACCACCGCUGCGACUCGCGCCAAGGCGACUGCCAUUCCUUCCUCUCGUAUCGACCUCGCGGCACAAGGCAAACGUAAACGAGAAGCCUUGGGCGAAGUUCCUCGCCCGCCAGUGAACAUCGCGAGGCCAAAGGACGUUGGUGCACUUAAGGGCAAGGAGAAGGCCAAAGAAAAGUUCGACGGUGUUGUGUUGCAUAAAACCACCACUACUACGACUACUACCACUACCCUCCGUAAACCCCUCCAACAUGUCGGCGGUGCUAUUCGUCCUACUCCGACUGUCAUCCGUCCACCCACCAAUGGUACUGCGACUCGUAGAACGACGCGUAGUACCCUACCCGCCCAUCGUCCUGUGCACUUAGAACAACUACGGGAAGAGCCAGAACCACAACAUCUGCCUAGCAACGAUGACAACGCGAUGAUCAUCGAUCAGCCUAUCAUUCCUGUGCCUGCACCCAAACGGUUUAUUGCUGCUCGCGCGGCCGCGGCCGCAGGUCAUCCUAUGUCCGUCCACCGCCCCAAUGGUACCGCCGCACAACGUCGGACUGCUCCACGGCAUGCACCCAAACCUGAGCUUGAUGAGGCAGAGGCCACUCGGGUGUUCAAAAAGCGGCGUACAUCUUCAGUUGAACCACCGGAUGAGGACGCGAGAGCGGAGGAGGAGGUUGAGAGAGCAGUAAGACUUGACGUGGAGGAAGCCGAUCCUGACGGCGACCAGUGGCAAGACCUUGAUGCGGAGGAUGCUGAUGAUCCUCUUAUGGUCAGCGAAUAUGUUGUUGAAAUCUUCGAGUACCUCAAAGGGAUCGAGCAAACAACCAUGCCAAAUCCUAACUAUAUGGAGAUGCAAAGAGACCUCGCAUGGAAGAUGCGGGGCAUCCUUACAGAUUGGCUCAUCCAAGUGCACUCACGUUUCCGCCUUCUUCCGGAGACGUUAUUCCUCUGCGUAAACAUCAUUGACCGCUUCCUUUCACAACGUGUCGUGUCACUGGCGAAACUUCAAUUGGUCGGUAUCACCUGCAUGUUCAUCGCGGCAAAAGUCGAGGAAAUUGUUUCGCCAAGUGCACAGAACUUCCUCUACUGCGCGGACUCAUCAUACACAGAGGCUGAGAUCCUACAGGCGGAGCGUUAUGUUCUAAAGACGCUUGACUGGAAUAUGAGCUAUCCCAACCCAAUCCAUUUCCUGCGACGAAUCAGCAAAGCAGACGAUUAUAACGUCCAAUCACGGACAAUUGCAAAAUAUCUUCUCGAAAUUCAAUGUCUCGAGUGGAGGUUGAUUGCUGCCCCGCCGUCGCUCAUGGCUGCUGCUGCGAUAUGGUUGGCGAGACUGAUCCUUGGGUUCGUUGACUGGACUCCGAACUUGGCGCAUUACGCGUCAUACCCUGAGAGUGCGCUGAUCCCGACAGCCAACCUGAUGUUGAAUUUUAUCCUGAAGCCCAUUCGGCAUCAGUCGUUCUUCAAGAAGUAUGCGGGGAAGAAAUUUCUAAAGUCAAGCGUCUUCGUAAGGGACUGGGCUUUGGAGCGAUGGGAAGAAGGCCAACAGGUCUCUCUACGUGACGAGCUUCCUAAGCUUAAAACCAUCAUCCGCCUGGCGCAUGAGAGAGGCGACCACGUUGUCGCAGCGAGCGAGGACUAUCCCCGAUAUGCAUGAGCAUUAGACGUUCCUCGUCUCAUUGCAUCUCUAUCAUCUAUGUUCUUCGGAUUCAGACGGAUUCAGUUCAUGGACCUCCCACACAAGUACAUUGCAAGUACAACAUCUACGCAUAUUCUUCGCAUCACUGUUUAUUGUUUUCUUCCUCCUUUUCCGUCUUUCUCUGUUUCUGUUCUCUGUUCCAUUCUUCCUUGUCUGUCAUCAAGCAUUUCCGAUGUGUUUUCUUAACCAACGCUCAAUCCUCAUCCCUAUUCUCCACCCUUCGUCUCAGCAUGCAUUGGCACAUACCAUCAUCUCGCUUUGUACGUCCAAGUUGGUAUGGCUUUGUUCACGCCUUCCUUGCCGUCGGCUCUGUUUUCCUGUUUUGCCCACGUCGAACUUCGCGGUUGGUCAAGGUUGCAUUUGUAUUCCCGUCCUCCAUCCCCAUCCCCCUUUCACGUUUUCACUUCUGGCAUACAGCUCUGAUGUUUUUACGUUGUUGCGUAUGCAGAUGCAUUCCCUUGUAACACCAUUCGUUCAUGCGGUUGAUGCUAUAGGAGUAAUAUUGUAGUAGCUUUUGUAGAUAUCCCCUAGCUUGAAUAUGAAUAUGAAACUAACUGGC